AUGAAUGGGGACUUCCAGACAAAGACCCAACCACCGCCGGAUCUGAGCUUUCUGCGACUCUCUUACCCGAUAGACCAUGUUCUCCUAGCUCGAAUGGAUCGCCCAUCGGCCUUAAACGCACUUUCUUCCUCAGCGCUUCGAGAGCUGGACUCCGUUCUAGACUGGUACGAUUCCGAACCAGCUUUGCGCGUCUUAGUCGUCACAGGGACGGGCCGCGCCUUCACAGCAGGAGCAGAUCUCAAAGAGUGGCGACGCACCCUUGAAGGAGACAGCGGUCAGCAGUUCGGGGCUCGGGAGGGCACUGUUCCGUUCACGCGCCGUAAAGGGAAGAAGCCUAUCAUUGCAGCAGUCAAUGGGCUUGCUUUCGGCGGCGGAUGUGAGUUCGCCGUGAAUUGCGACCUCGUUGUGGCAGCAGACACGGCGGUCUUUGGCCUUCCUGAAGUCAAACGAGGACUUGCCCCAACCGGAGGCGUGCUCACCCGCAUAGUCCACACUGCUGGGAUGCAGGUGGCAUCCGAGAUCGUUUUGACGGGGCGGAAGCUGACUGCCCAGGAGAUGCAUGCUUGGGGGAUAGUGAAUCAGGUCGUUGCGGAGGACAAGGUUGUUGACGAAGCAUUGCGGUAUGCGUCGAUGAUUUCGGAAAACAGCCCGGACGCAAUAAUCGCUGCGAGAGCCGGCUUACGUCAAGCUUGGGAGACGGCAGAUGUUGAGAAGGCUACAGAAGAGUGGUUCAAGCAGCACUUCAGUUUGCUCGAAAGGGGUGAGAAUAUACGGGAGGGCUUGGCGGCUUUUGAGCAGAAACGAGCUCCUGCCUGGAAAGAAUCCAAGCUGUAG